AUGGCUUUAGCCGCCAUUGGUGUUCAUCCUCUUCAAUCGGUCGUCAAUACAGGAUACGAAGUAAGCAAACUCCAAUUGGUGAAGAUUCCACAUUACGAAGAAAGUCUUUUGUAUCAUUUGUCUAUGACGCUACCUCUGACUUGCUGUAGAGAACACAUAGACCUAGCUACAAGAUGUAUAUAUAAUGGAGUCUCGAGAACACAGGUCAUCUGUACUUUGAAUGGUGGGAGAAUUCAACUUGGAAGAAACUUAUACGACAUUUAUGGCAACAGUUGUAAGGCACUUAUGGAUAAUUUCACUUCUCCCAGUCCUCAUUUGUAUAACAUUUCACUCGUAACCUUCAUCACUCUCUACAAAUGCCCAAAGCUUCCAAAUGAUGUUGCAGAAAUGGAAGCUUAUUUUGACCAAUCUAAUUACAAUAAAAAGAGAUGUGGAGAUUACAAUUUCUACUAUAACCAUUCCAUCAGUGAUAAAGCAGUUCCAAGUGAUCUCCCGCCUGCAUGUCAAGUAAUACAGCUGCCUGUGAAUGUGGGAGAGAGAAGUAAUGGUAACGAGACUAACAUAUUUUCUCUUCUUAGUUCUGUAGUCUCUAUUUAUUUUGUAACUCCAUGCAAUAAGUGUCAAAAGGAAGAGGGCCGAUGCUACACUCUCAAUGGACACUUCCAGUACUGCAAAAAUGAAACAACACUCAGAAAACUGAAAUAUAUCCUAGUUCCCGUUGGAUCUGCCUUCGUCAUCAUCAUCUUUUUUGUCAUCUUCAUAAUAUGGCAUCGGUACAAGAGCCACCGUUUUUCCUAUUUCUCUUCAAAGGAAAAAUCACCAAACGUUGAAGAUGCGAGUCUUUUCUACGGUGUAUCUGUUUUCUCCUGCACAGAGCUUGAAGAUGCCACUAAAAAUUUCAACCCUUCUAAGGAGCUAGGGAAUGGAGGUUUUGGAGCUGUUUACUAUGGUAAACUCCAAGAUGGGAGAGAAGUUGCUGUGAAGCGACUUUAUGAGCACAACUACAAACGAGUCCAACAAUUUGUGAAUGAGGUUCAAAUCCUCACCGGAUUACGUCACCCCAACCUUGUGGUGCUCUAUGGUUGCACUUCUAGACAAAGCCAUGAACUUCUCCUUGUGUAUGAAUACAUCACCAAUGGCACUGUUGCAGAUCACCUCCAUGGAGAAAUAGCAAAUCCAAGCUUUCUGACAUGGCCAUUAAGAAUGAACAUUGCUAUUGAAACAGCCAGAGCUUUAGUCUACCUUCAUGCCUCUGAAAUCAUACAUCGAGAUGUCAAGACCAGUAACAUUCUCCUUGAUCACAAUUUCAGUGCCAAAGUAGCAGAUUUUGGGCUCUCGAGGCUGUUACCGAAUGAUGUCACUCAUGUGUCUACAGCUCCUCAGGGAACACCAGGGUAUUUGGAUCCCCAAUAUCACAAUCGUUACCAAUUGACAGAAAAGAGUGAUGUUUACAGCUUUGGAGUGGUCUUGAUUGAACUAAUAUCAUCGAUGAGGGCUGUCGACUUAAAUAGGUCUGAAGACGAGAUUAGUUUGGCUAAUCUGGCUUUGAACAAGAUCCAAAGAUGUGCGUUAGAUCAAUUGAUCGAUCCUGAUCUAGGAUCCGAUUCAGAUGCUGAAACCAUGAGGAUGAUAACAUCAGUAGCAGAGUUGGCUUUUCAGUGUUUACAAUAUUAUUCAGAAAUGAGGCCUACAAUGAAUGAGGUGUUGGAAGCGUUGAAGGUUAUUCAAUCCCAAGGGGGAAUAGAUUCUGAUGACAGUAUCAGCGACAUGGAAAAAGCAAAACCGCCACCACCGUCGGCAGCCAGUGAUAAGACGGUUGUGUUGAAAGAUUUUCUACCUUCGCCAGUCUCCAUCACCAGUGAAUGGCAUAGCGCUAGCACCGCAUCAACCACACUGACUGUCAAAUAG